ACUGGCACCUGUCCUGGAAACAUUCCACAUCUGGGUAAGAUUGUUUCUCUCUCUCUCUCUCUGUGUGUGUGUGUGUGUGUGUGUGUGUGUGUGUGUGUGUGUGUGUGUGUGUGUGUGUGUGUGUGUGUGUGUGUGUGUGUAUCAGCUGGCAGGAACAGGAGUGUUGGCUGUAGGGCUGUGGCUGCGUUUUGACUCUCGGACUGAGGGACUGUUCAGUGGAGAGGACUCUCCUGUUGUCUUCUUCACCGGUGUGUACAUUCUGAUUGCUGCUGGGGCCUUGAUGAUGGUUGUUGGGUUCCUGGGCUGCUGUGGAGCCAUCAAGGAAUCCCCUGCAUGCUCGGGCUGUUCUUCUUCUCCCUGUUGUUAAUCUUUGGGGCGGAGGUAGCAGCAGGGAUCUGGGGCCUCUCCAAUAAAGAUACGGUGGUGGAAGACAUCACAGAGUUCUACAAGCAGACUUACACUAACUACAUGAGCACCAAGCAGGAGGCCUUGAAGGAGACAUUACGCCUUAUACACUUUGGACUGAACUGCUGCGGCCUGACAGGCACGAUGAUUGACAGCGCCAGGGAGACCUGCCCAAAGAAGGAAGGACUGGAGGCUCUGAUUACCACGAGUUGUCCAACGGCCAUUGACGAGGUGUUCAACUCUAAACUCCAUAUCAUUGGAGGAGUGGGCAUCGGAAUUGGAGUCCUCAUGAUCUUUGGGAUGAUCUUCAGCAUGCUGCUGUGCUGCGCCAUCAGAAGGUCUCGUGACAUCAUGUAGACCCGGACUCUGCCCUUCCGUGCACUUAACUUAUCUGUGUGUCUGUCCUCAAUUGAUGUUAAACGCUCACUAGGUUUGUACUGCCAUUAGGAUUAGGGUUAGUUAGCAUUUUCAGCCAGCCAGCCAGUCAGCCAGCCAGCCAGCCAGUCAGCCAGCCAGUCAGCCAGCCAGCCAGCCAGUCAGUCAGUUAGUCAGCCAGUCAGCCAGCCAGUCAGUCAGUUAGUCAGCCAGCCAGCCAGCCAGCCAGCCAGCCAGCCAGCCAGUUAGUCAGCCAGUCAGUCAGUCAGUUAGUCAGUCAGCCAGCCAGUCAGUCAGCCAGCCAGCCAGUCAGUCAGCCAGCCAGUCAGCCAGCCAGCCAGCCAGUCAGUUAGUCAGCCAGCCAGCCAGCCAGCCAGCCAGCCAGUUAGUCAGCCAGUCAG